GUCGGCCUUCUGCGCAGGCGCGCUGGGCCUGGCGGGGGACUCGGGCCCGCGCGCGGAGCUGUCAUCAUGGUCCCGCCUCCGCCGCCACUGUCGCCGCCGCUAUGCACCCUGCCUCCCGGCCCGGAGCCUCCCCGCUUCGUGUGCUACUGCGAGCCAGAAACUGGGGACCAAGGUGUCUUCCACCUCCACGUGACGAACGGUGUGGAGCUCUGGAGCGCCAACGUUCCGCCUGACAGCGAGGCUGCGCGCAGAGCCCGCGGCGGCCUGGGUGCGGACGAGGACCUCGCCGCGCGGUUCAGGAUCGCCUGCCAGCAGCAAGCCGUUGCCUUCAGCCUGCGGGAGGACAGCGCGUCCCUGACCCUCUCUGGACCGCCUUCGACGCUGACCUUUGACCUCUCCAAGGUGCCCGGCCCUGAGGCAGUCCCCAGGCUGCAGGCGCUGACCCUGAGUCUGGCAGGGCGAGUGUGCAACCUGGAGCAGCGCCUGGCAGCUGUGGAACAGACAGCUACCAGCCCCAGGAAGAGCCCCCGGCCGGCAGGGCCCCCACUCUUCUUACCAGACCCGGAUCCCCAGCGAGGCGGCCCUGGAGCUGGGGUCAGGAGACGGUGUCCAGGGGAGUCUCUCAUCAACCCUGGCUUCAAGAGCAAGAAACCAGCUGGUGGCGUGGACUUUGAUGAGCCCUGAAGGGAAGGCAAGACACCAGGCCUUUCAAGGAGUCUGCAUGGGAGAGAGCACUACCCCCACGGCUCACCCAGCUGUGCUGCUGGUCCCUUGUCUUUCUUAGCCAUCAAAUAAAUAGCUGUCAGGUGGA